GAUCACAUCGACAGCAACAAAGUGAUAGUGUCAUCGUAUUUGUCGAAAAGAUCGAGCAAAACCCAUCAGUGGAAGAAGAGAUGGGUGGUCCUACGCAAUUGCCAGCUAAGCUACUACAAGGACUCGUCAGAACACAAGGCCAACAAGGUCAUCAACAGAGCCAAUCUUCAGUCGUUUUCUCGUAUUCCAGACAAUCAAAAAUACCACUUUGCCAUUUACACCAAUAACAAGGUCUUGCACUUCAAGACAUUAGAAAAGGCUGUAUACAAAAACUGGAUCUUGGCCCUCGAAGAAUUCUUUAAAGAAAAUGCAGAGGAAGACGAAAUUGAAGACAAAGAAGGCAAAUCAAGUGACAAGAUAAAGACUAAAGAAAAUGAAGAUGAGGAAGAGGAUGGAGACGAAGAAGAUGGAGACCAGAACUCCAGCCAAAAGUCUCAAAAUCUUGUUUCUCUAUCUUCCAAUUCACUUUCGCAACUUCAUCCAAGCCAAGGAACCCGACAGUCCCUUGUGAUGUCAGUAAAGAGAACAAAUUCAUAUGCAGACGAAUAUUCUGAAGAAGAUGAGUACCUCAUCGAAAUGGGUCAUCUCUUGCGUUUGCGAAAGCGAUACAAUCAAUGGAAAAGAUUCUACAUCGUAUUGACAAACAAGAAACUCUACUUCUACAAAAGUGAGUCCAUCUCCAAAGUGUACAAGGUCAUUGAUGUCAGGAACAUCAUAGACGUGAUUGAAUUGGAUCCAAUGUCAAGAUCCAAGCAAUGGUGUUUACUAAUCAUCACACCAUUGAAGAGGAUCCGAUUCUGUGCCUCGAGUGAAGAGGAAAUGAUCAAAUGGUUAUCGUCCUUAAAGGCAAUUAUC